UUCAGCAGCAUUUAGUGCUGCGGUUUACCUUAUGACCGCAGCAAAUAGGGUCAUAAUAUAACGCUUCAGCUUCUUCAAACUUUCCACAAACUCAGCUUCAGCUUCCAGCUCCAUUCCAGACUUCGAAGUUUACCACAAACUUCAUUACCAGCAGUUUACCACAAACAUUCUUCAAACCCUUAAGCUUCUUCAAACUUUCCAGACUUCUUCAAACAUCGAACAUGCAUCAUCAUCUUCAUUUAAAUUCUUCAAGGCAUAUUCUGUUGAGGAGUAAUCAGAGAAAAGAUAGUGUGCGAUUUUUCUUCAUUUCAUUCUUACAGGUACGAAUUCAAUCCUCCGUCGUUUAUACUUCAUAAUUUCAUUAACGUUCUGGAAUAUAAUCGAUUGUUGAAAACAAUUGAUGUUCAUUGGGAAAUUUCUGAGGAAUUGUUGAAUGCGUAUGAUUUAGGGUUGUUCAUAAUUUCGAACAUUAAAAUUUUCGCUGAAAAAUUUGACAAAUUUGAAUUUAAAUUCUUGAAUUUCGAUUCUCUGAUUGUUGUGGGAAGUAUAGUUGUACAUGAAUCAUUGAAUGUUACAGGUACCUUGAGAAAGAUUGAUCACCAUAUCCUCUUUCACGAAAAUUUUCUGAAUAAUUUAGGGUUUGUUGAUUUGAAUCAUAUCUUUCCCAUUACUACUGAAUAAUUCGCUGGAUGAUUCCCUGCAUAAUCCACAUGAAGAUCCUCAUUUAUUGUUUCUACUAUUCACCAUCUCUAUUGGCGUCCUUCUCAUUGCUCAAGGUGCUGUUGAUUUUUUUGGCUCCUUCAUUAAUUCUACAAAACUAGAUGGCACCUCCAUAUUUAUUGUCGCAGCUACUUUCUUCUGAACUACAGGUCAAAGGUACUGGAGGCCAUACAGCUGAUGCUUGAAUCCAGUGGAGAAGUAACAGCAGGCGGCUCUUUCUGUAACAGAAUUAGAAACAUUAAGUAUAAAUAGGAUCACGGGAAAGCAAGCAAGAAACACAAGAAGCAAACAACUUUUGAGAGAUAAAUCACAUUGUUCUGUAAGAUAUUAUAUUUUCCCUACUCUUUAAAAUUUAUGUGUUAAUUUUGUUUUCAAAGCUAUAUCAAUGUGGGUAUUAUGUUAUCUAGGAGUACAUCAUGAGUAUUAAAAAGAAACAAUAUCAACGUUUGACUCAUUUCGCCCCUGUUUUAUGCAAGUUAGAACUUCGGCUAUUAGGUAUUGAUGUUAUCACUGUUGUACCUGGUGCCAUCAAAUCAAACUUAGGAGACGCUGCCGUUGCUACCUUCAACCGCAUGCCAGAGUGGAAGUUAUACAAGCAAUACGAAAAGGCUAUGCGCGAUAGAGCUACCAUUUCUCAAGGUCCUAAGUCGACUCCUGCAGAAGAGUUUGCAAAGAAAACAGUAACUGUCAUACUGAAGAAAAACUCGCCUGCUUGGUUCUCUUAUGGUCAUCAGUCCAUGGUGAUGAGAAUCAUGUAUUAUUUGCCCAUCUUCGUGCGAGAUUUCAUCCUAUGGCUUGUCCUGAAAUGUUAAUGAUUUAUCAGAUUAUUGUAUAACAGUAGUUUGGAGGCUUUGUUUACAUUUUACCCAGGUAAACUACCAAUACUAGAAUCGAAGUAUUUGCCUUGUAUAACAGCAUCAGUUUUUACAAUAUUUGCCUUGCUAUACCCUGAUUACCUUCCUUCUUCCAAG